AUGACCCUGUCCUGCAUACGCCUUCCUCGCACUAAAUUAUCUCGGAUUUUCAGCGUGACUUUGUGGCUCCUGCUGCUGGCAGGCAUCACAACCGCAGACCAAGAAACCCGCUUCCGCUCCGAGAAAUAUGCCCAUGGUUUUGAAGGUGCAUUCCCGCUACAGCGUUAUUCGUCAGCGGGCGUGCUAGGCCCUAUCCUGAAUUACUGGGAGACCAGCAUCGCAUGCGACGAUGGUCUAUAUACGAUCAUUGCACCGCGUGGUGGAGCGGUGCACCACUCUGGACCCAUGAUUCUGGAUAAACAGGGACAUCUGGUCUGGUUCAAAGAGUAUGAGACGACAUAUAAUGCGAAUGUAUAUACUUACAAGGGGGAACGAUAUUUGACGUUUUGGGCGGGUGAUGACUUGGUUCGAGGGCACGGGGAGGGGAUAAUGUAUAUGCUCAACUCCAGCUAUGAAGAAGCAUAUAAACUGCACGGUGUAAACGGUGUUGCAGCAGAUCUGCACGAAUUCCAUAUCACCCGCGACGACACUGCAGUUUUCACAGUUUACGAUAUCAAAUCCGUAGACCUCACCUCAACAGGCGGCUCAAAGGAUGCCUGGAUCUACGAUGGCGUCUUCCAAGAGAUCGACGUCGAAACCAAUGAGCUCCUCUUCGAAUGGCGCGCCUCAGAGCACUUCUCCUUCAGCGAGGUUGAGCGCGACAGCGAAGGAACCGGGGAUUCCGAAGAGGACCCUUGGGACUGGUUCCACAUCAACAGCGUCGACAAGGAUGAGCAUGGAAACUUCCUCAUCUCUUCGCGGUAUCUAAAUUGUCUCGCAUACAUCAGCGGUACGACCGGAAGCGUAAUCUGGAAGCUCGGCGGCAAAGAAAGUUCAUUCACCGAUAUAUCGGCCGGCUCGGCGUCGAAUAUCAGCUGGCAACACCACGCGCGUUUCCAGCCACAAUACGAUACUGUGAACACGACAAAAGUGAUAUCCAUCUUCGAUAACUCUUCCCGUGGAAAGGGUGCGCCGGAGAACCCGAGUCGCGGGUUAAUCGUUGAUAUCAACGAGGUGGAUAUGACGGUUGCAGUUCGCGCGGAGUAUUGGCACCCCUUGCCGAUUAGUAGCCAAUCGCAGGGGUCGAUGCAGGUUCUUGAAAACGGCCAUGUGUUGCUCGGGUAUGGGUAUAGCGCUGCGUGGACGGAGUUCGGAGCAGACGGGGAGGUACUUUGUGAUGUCCAUUUUGGCCCAAGCGAGUAUUUCCAGAAGGGCGAUAUCAUCUCGUACCGGACUUUCAAGCAGAAGUGGGUUGGGCUGCCGCUUAGUGCGCCCGAUGUCGCUUUAUCUGGAACUACGGCGGCUGUUACCUGGAACGGGGCGACGGAGGUAGCUACGUGGGUGUUGCAGGGGUCGCUUGUUAAUGUGACAGACAAACCCGCGUUCAAAGAUGAGGAUGGGGUGUUGCAGUAUUCGAGUGGACAUGUUGAUGAUGUCGACUUUGAGUUCAUCUCUGCAGUGCCGAAGACAGGCUUUGAGACUCGUAUCACUAUCCCGCCCGAUACACCGUACCGCACAUUACGUAUCGUUGCCCUUGAUGCCACGGGGACUUUCUUGAGAGAGACGAGGGCGAUGGAGUGGGUACCCGAAGAAAUGAAUGAAGAGAUUGGGGUAUUUGCUGGGAGCGAGGAGCCAGUGAAACCAAGUUGGAAGCUUCACAUUGCACCCUUGCUCAUGUUCGCGAUGGGCUUCAUGAGUGCUUUGGCGAUUUUGCUUUGUGCAUGGCUUACCUGCAGGUGUAUAUAUCCUGGAUUUUCGGGCCGGGCCUUCGUCGGCUGGAAAACUGGUGGCAGGGACGAUGAGUGGGAGGCUGUUCGAUCAGGCGAGGAGCUUGAUGACUUGGAUGAUUUCAGCGAUUUGGAAUCUGGAGAACGAGAUGAAGAACAUUUGUUGAACAAUGAUAGAGACAGGGAAUAG